AUGACUUGCAACCACAAGUGGAGAUCAUACAAAAAGAGGCUUAAAAAGAAUUUCUUGGUCAAUGAGAAUGAGAGAAAUCCACUUGAAACCUACUCAUAUUUGGAAAAGACUGCAUCGCAAAAAUUUAAGGAAAGGAUAUCAUCAAAGGAAUUCCAGAUAGAUGUCAAAAAUUUGUUGUCGGGUCCCGGAGAGGAUUUGUUGACUAUGCCGAUAGGACCGGAGCACCCUGGUCGCACUAGGGCGAUGGGGCAUGAUAUUGGCUUAAGAAAAGGGAUGCAAGGACUUGACAAAAAAAAGAGGAAAGCCGUGGACAAAGAAGUUGUUAGUAAGAUGCAAGUCCAGUUAGAUGAAGUUGUGACCCAAUUGGCAGAGUUAAGAACAUUGUCUGUGAUGCAAGAGUCUAGGAACCAAGUCCCGAAUAAUGUAUGCUUCGGUGUUCAAAAGAAUAGGCCUGGUUCGAUGUCGACAUUGGAUGCUUUAGAUACGAUAAAGGCUAUUACUCAUUGUGAUUUGGUGUUACCUUAUGGUGAUAUGAACCAAAAUAAUGAUGGGUUAAUUCACUCACUUCCUUUACGCGAAAAUCAGUUGAAGGUUAUGAUAGACAACAUAUAUGAAAAAUAUAAAGGCAUUCAUGUUCCUGUGAUGAAAAAUGAAGUUGGAACAACAAAGCAAGGUGCCAUCAUAACAACAAAUUCAAACCACAAGUGCGUGACCAUCAACUGUAAAGGUUGUUAUCGAAAAAACAUGCCUAACCAAAAGAUCAACAAACCAAGGCAAAUAGAAUCACUUCGUGACCUUUUGAAGACCAACCUAGUGGUUCAUGUGGUAGCUGAUGCUGGACAUCUAGAAGUUGGGGCGUUUGAUUUUUCAGUUACAUAUGAAGAUUAUUAUCGUUUGUUGAAAAAACAAACAACUGAGUUGUCCAUCAUAACAACUUGGCAUAUCCUUCUACACUUAAUGCUUCAGAAACGUAUGGGCGUGCUUCCCUAA